AUGCCUGCUUAUCGGGGAACGACAGCCCGUUUGAGGCGCACAUUUCACUAUCCAGAGGAAGACUCUACAGACUCACAGCCUGAAGCUUUGGAUGAACAAGAACAAGAAGACUAUAUCAAUCAGCUCGCAGCGGAAAAUGCCGCUCGAGAUAUCCAGUUUCGCCGCUUCCUCCUUGCCAUACCCCUUCUAGCAACCAUCCCCUAUCUUCCCGCCCUCAUAAACCCUCCUACAGCACUUCUCGCUCUCCUCAGCCUAACUUCUCUCUUCUCCACGGCAUAUUUGCUUCAUCACCAACCACCAGCAUCAUCAGGAAUUCCAUUUCUUGAUAGUUGGGCAAAGCCCAGAACUCCGCGACCCACUCGCCCACCAUCCCUAUCAACAAGGGAGUCUUCAGGCGUAUUUGACGACGAUGACGAUGAGGACGAAGUAGACGAUGUGCCGUAUGUACCUCGUGGUAGGCCACGACAACGUAGGAGUUCGUUCAGCUACGUCGAACGAAGGUCGCCCCUCGAAACUUAUCUGCCCUACCUAAAUUUGGGUCUCGGCCUAGUUUUGAUUUUGAUGGCCUGGGCAAUAGGCAGAACAAAAAGUGAAGCCGUAUGGCCCGGAAUGGGAUACUUGCCCUUGGUGGUCUAUGGUAUUAUUCUGGUGUCAAAGAUGGUCAUGGGUAGUGUUGACCCCGAGAAGGAGUUGUCGUCGCUCAAGUAUGACUACAAAGGUGCCUAA